GGAAGGGGCGGGACCUCCGGCCGCCGACAUGGAGCCGGAGGAGAAGGUGAUGGCGGCGGCGGCGGUGCCGGUGGAUGCGUUCAGUGGGCUGCGCAUCACCAACGUGUGGACCGUCCUCUUGUCAAUUCAGUGGUCAGAGCCAUGGCUGAUUGGGCUGCUAACUUUCCACAUCCUCUGCUUUGCACUAACUCUGAUCACAGUGAGAUUCUACAGGCUGCAGAUUGCCCAUUUCCUUUUCAUGAUCGUGUUAGUGUACUGCGCAGAGUACAUCAAUGAAAUAGCAGCAAUGAACUGGAGGUUAUUUUCUAUGUUUCAAUACUUUGAUUCCAAUGGGAUGUUCAUUUCUCUCGUCUUUUCAACUCCACUUCUAAUAAACACAAUGAUCAUUGUGAUCAUGUGGGUACAUAGAACAUUGGCGGAGAUGACAGAACUGAAGGCCCUGAAGCAGAAAAAGAAAGCAAACCGUGAACAGGGAAAAAAAACAUCAUAAGUUAAUUUUUUUGUAAUUUGGGGUUUCCAGGCCUCUUCAAACCAACUAGAAUUUUAUUUUGGGAAUUGGAGAAAAUGAAUAUAAAUACAAAUUGGGGAGACGUUAGAACUGAAUAAAUAGGAGUGGGAUCUUCAGCCGCUUGUAUAUAUUCCAUUGUUCUGUAGGAUCACGACUGAUCUCACAGUCCAGGUGUUAUAUAAAUAUAAGUCAUUGUAAAAUCAUUAAAAUAGAUUUUAAUAUUAGUCUUGGACCUUGAAUUAAUAAUAUUUUGAACCUUUCACCAGUGGUGAAAUAAUAAGUGUCAUGGCUGAUGAUCUUUGUUAUCCAAUUGAAGCUGGGAUAUUUACACAGAACUGAAGGGCCCUUGAUUUGAUCUAAAAUUUUAGAUUGUGAGAGCAGUGCCUUUGCAGGUCAAAGCUGUCACCAUAUUGGCAAUGAGGUAGCUCUUACCCCAACUUGUUGAAAAGAGCACUUGGUCUUUUAUAAGAGUUUUGGCAAUGCAUAGUUCGAAGGUAAUCCUGGGAAGUAGCACUAUAGAUUUCUCAUUUUCUACUCAUUGGUUGUCCAUAAUCAUUUUAACUGAAACUUGUAUUUUAUUAAAUAACUUUUGAACAAUGUU